GGCGCUGAGGAAGAGCCACGGCCGCUCUGCUCUCAGCUCAUCUCUGCUCUGUCCUACUAGCUACUUCACCUGCAUGGAUAUAUAUCACGAUGGCUGCUGCUGAAGACGGACUGAAAACGAGGGAGAAGGAAAUCAGCACACGCUGAUUCUUUUUUAUUUAUUUUUUAUUUAUUUAUUGUAGUUGUUUGCGUUUUAUAUAUAUUGAACAUGAACUUCAUCAAUUGCUCUCAGGGAGAUUGAGGAAAAACAUGGCCCAGCGUGCUCUGAUAUGCAUAUGAUCUAUAUGCAUUAGUAGUGAGGUUAUAAUUGGAGUGUUUUUCCUCUUUUUUUAAAUCUCAGCGUGUGGAGCAGAUAGAGAUCUAUAGAUGAGAUCAUGUGGCUCUGCUCCUCUUGCUUUAUUCUAAGAGAGACAGGCGCGUUCCGUGCAGGCGCUGCAGGGCUGCUGCGUUCAGUGCGAGCUCGAGACUGAACACUGAUGUGAUGCUCUGUGGAUUGCGAGCACUCCCUCCUCCUCUUCUAGCCCAGCGCCAAGGACCACGACUCCAGCUGGAAUAAAACACACUCUCUGAUCACAUAGUCCAGUCCAAUGGACAAUUGCUCAACGCUUCAGCUGCAGGGACUGGAGAUGACUACCAAGAGGAAGAUCAUCGGCCGCCUGGUGCCAUGCCGAUGCUUCCGCGGGGAGGAGGAGGUCAUCUCAGUGCUGGACUACUCGCACUGCAGCCUGCAGCAGGUCCCCAAGGAGAUCUUCAGCUUCGAACGCACCCUGGAGGAGCUCUACCUGGACGCCAACCAAAUCGAGGAGCUGCCUAAGCAACUCUUCAACUGUCAGGCCCUCCGGAAGCUGAGUAUUCCUGAUAAUGACCUCUCCAGCCUGCCAACCACCAUCGCUAGCCUUGUUAACCUGAAGGAAUUAGACAUAAGUAAAAACGGCAUUCAAGAGUUUCCAGACAACAUUAAGUGCUGUAAAUGUUUAUCAGUUGUAGAGGCCAGUGUAAAUCCCAUAACCAAACUCCCCGAUGGCUUCACCCAGCUCCUCAACCUGACACAGCUCUUCUUAAACGACGCCUUCCUCGAGUACCUACCCGCCAACUUCGGGAGAUUGUCCAAAUUACGCAUCCUGGAACUUCGAGAGAACCAUCUGAAAACCAUGCCAAAGUCAAUUCACAGGCUGUCACAGCUGGAGCGAUUAGACCUGGGAAGCAAUGAAUUCACUGAACUGCCAGAAGUGUUGGAGCAGAUUCAUAACCUGAAAGAGCUGUGGUUGGACAACAAUUCAUUACAGACAAUACCAGGGUCUAUAGGGAAGCUGAGGCAAUUGCGGUAUCUGGACCUGGCUAAAAACAGGAUUGAGAGUCUGGACGCAGAUAUCUCUGGGUGCGAGUCCCUUGAGGACCUCCUGCUCUCCUCCAACAUGCUGCAGCAGCUGCCAGAUACAAUAGGAAUGUUGAAAAAGUUAACAACAUUAAAAGUUGAUGACAACCAGCUCACCUCACUGCCUAACACCAUCGGAAGUCCACGCACCAAAUUAGGUUUAUCACUUUUAGAGGAGUUUGACUGCAGCUGUAAUGAACUGGAGUCCCUUCCCCCCACCAUCGGCUACCUGCACAGUCUCCGCACCUUUGCAGCUGAUGAGAACUUCCUGACAGAGCUGCCCAGAGAAAUUGGAAACUGCAGGAAUGUGACAGUUAUGUCCUUGCGGUCCAACAAACUGGAAUUUCUGCCUGAUGAAAUUGGACAGAUGACAAAGCUACGUGUUCUUAAUCUCAGCGACAACAGGCUGAGAAAUCUUCCAUACACUUUCACUAAGCUGAAAGAUCUUGCUGCACUCUGGUUAUCUGACAAUCAGUCCAAGGCCCUCAUCCCCCUCCAAACAGAGGCCCACCCUGAGACCAAGCAGAGGGUCCUCACCAACUACAUGUUCCCCCAGCAGCCUCGGCACGAUGAGGAUUACCAGUCGGACACCGACAGCUUCAACCCUGCUCUGUGGGAGGAGCAGAGGCAGCAGAGGAUGACUGUUGCUUUUGACUUUGAGGAUAAGAAGGAAGACGAGGACAACUCUGCCAAAGUCAAGGUCCCCCUGCCAUCUUUUGUUGAGAUUAAUCUGAAACGAUAUCCCACCCCUUACCCGGAGGACUUGAAGAACAUGGUGAAGUCAGUGCAGAACAUGGUGGGUAAAACCACUCACCCCCUCAGCUCCUCCGGCACCAACUCCUCUGGCACCAACAUGGAGCUCAUCAACAAGGACAAGUAUGAGCCCAAGUGGCCCAUUGCACCCAAGGAGGUGACAGACAGAGAGAUUAAAGACUUCUCCAAGCCUCCAAUGCCAGAGCAAGCUGCCAUCAUGAAUUCAGCCAUAGACAUCCCAAAGAGGAAGGACAAGGAGGAUCUAACCGAGAGCUCAGAGAUUUCUUUACAUCGCGUCGUUCCCAAGCCUCAACAGCCAGAGAAUACGAGCCUGGCCGUUACUUCCUCUUCCUGUUUCUGCCUCAUAGAUUCCAUGGGAGGUUCUCCUAAUGAUAUCCGGAUUUCUGACAUGAGGCCGACUCUGGUGGAGCCCCCCAUGUACAAGCCAAAGGUCGUGUUACUUGGAAAGGACAAAAAAGAAUCCACAGAUGACUCAGACCCAGACAAAAUGCACUGCUUGAACAACAGCGGAUCCUCCGCCACCUACUCUGACUACUCGCCCUCACAGGGCUCCUCUGGGUCCUCCAACCCCCCUGGUAACGUCGGUUCCAUGCAGAGUGCUGUGAAAGAGGGGCCGCUGCAGACUCACUGGACUAACAGGCUGGCUCAGUCUUUCCCAAAGCCCAUCGAGAGCAAGCCCUUGCUCAGUCAAAGAGAAACGCCCCCCUCCAACACCCUGCAGCAGCGAGGUGAGAGGCGGCCGCUCAGUGACACCUUCGACAGCUGGAACGAUGCCCCCCACUACGACAACACAGGGUUUGUAGCGGAGGAGACGCUCCUUGAGACCCCCAGCGGCAGCAGUGGAAACCCCAUGCUGGGCACGAAGCCUCGCAGUGCUUCCACAGCGCACGGACGACGGCCUCUCAUGAGACAGGAGCGCAUUAUGGGGGUCCCGCUAGAGCUGGAGCAGACGCAACACACUUUCCGCAACCCCGCGGACACUGAAGUGCCUCCUCCUCCACCUCCCCCGAACCCCUGGCAGAACUGGACAAGGACUCCCAGCCCUUUCGAGGACCGCACCGCUUUCCCCUCCAAGCUGGAGCUCACUCCAGCAAACAGCCCCAACCCUGACCGCAAGGAUUUUGAGCAGGAGAUGGGUGAACUACCUGGCACUUUCCCCUCAACGGGAGCCUGGGGCUUCCUGGACUCCAGAGACUCAGGGACAGGGCAAGGUCAGCCCAACAUCUUCACACAUAUUCAGGGUCAUAAAGAACCAAAUAAGGGUGCCACCACCAUGGUCAUAAGCAAGAGCUCUGAGAGGCUUUCGCCCAUGAUGAAGGAGGUCAAGGCAAAAUUCAAGAAGUCCCAGAGCAUAGAUGAAAUCGAUAUUGGGUCUUACAAGGUGUACAGCAUUCCUCUAGACAGCUACAGCUCCAUAGAGAAUCAGGGCAGCGUGGACAGAGCAGACCUUCCUGGACCUCUGGAGCAGAGCAUGUCCAGGAGCCAGUCCGCUCCCAUGCUGGACGAUGAUCUUGACGGCUUUGGAAUGAAUAAGAAUUCGCAACAGCAGAAACCUGCUAUUCCGAAGAAAGUCUACCAAUUUGACCAAAGCUUCAACCCUCAAGGACACAUGGACAUGAUGAAACAAGACAGGAGAGUUCCUCCACCCUUCCCCAACACCCCGGAAUAUGUGAAUCAACCCGGCAAGACACUGCCAAAAGAGCUUGUUAGCCCUCGAGGCUACCGCGGCUAUCCACCGGUGGAGCAAAUGUUCCCAUUCACUCAGCCAUCAGUCACUGAUGAUUUAGUAAUCACUCCACAGUUUUCUGCCCAGCCUCAGCGCUCUCGUCCGGGCUUCUUGCGGCGAGCAGACUCCCUGGUAAGUUCUACCGAGAUGGCACUGUUCCGCAGGGUAGCGGAAGCCCAGGAACACCAAUUGGCAGAGCACUACAACAGGCCUCAACAGCUCAAAGGCAUGCUGGAACACCAGAACAGCCUGUCCACAAUGGCAGACACUCAGUUUCAUAAGAGGAAUGGUAGGUAUGAAGAGGACUACUCGUCUUACCAAGAACCUAAAAAGCCUAUAAUGGGUUACCCCACCAAGAGUCUGACGCAGCGCCGCCCCCUGUCUGCCCGAAGCUACAGCACAGAGACGUACGGGGCUUCCCAAGCUCGGCCGGUGUCUGCCCGUCCUACUAUGGCUGCCCUGCUGGAGAAGAUGCCUUCAGAUUAUAACCUUAGUACGUGCACUGAGAAGAGCCCUGACGCUGACACAAAGAUGAGACCCCCGAUGCCCCAGAAACCAGAGGACAUGACCUCCAAAAUGCCAGUGGACUGGAGACAACAGCUUCUACGGCACAUAGAGGCAAAAAGGCUUGACCGGAGUGCUGUCCUUAAGCACAACACAGUAAACUUCGGCAUGCUGUACUCUGGAGGCUAUGCUGCACCGCAUGCCAGCAGAAGCAUGACAAUAAACUUUUACAAUAACACAAAGCAUGAAAACCAAACAACUCAGUGGCUACCUCUACCAAAUACACCUUCACAACAGAGCAAUAUUUUAGAUAACGGCCAAGAGGUGGUCUCUCCAACUGCCCAGUGGGCUCCCUACUCAUUGGGACGAAGAGACGUACCUCCAGAGAACCUGAAUAUCAUCAAAAAGGCCGCUGUACAGCAACCUUACCAACAGCAGGGCAUGAUGGUGACCUCGGCCUCGGCCACCCCACCUCACCGAACGCCUCGAGACCAGCAGUACGAAGGAGCCAUGAACAAGGUGUCCAUCCAGCAGUACCAGUCUCCUCUGCCCAUGCCCGUCACAAGCACCAGUCCCAGGCCUCAGAGCGCCCGCUGCUUCAUCCAGACUAAAGGCCAGAAGAGCAUGGACGGCUUUCAGGAGCAGUUUUGUGUUCGGAUUGAGAAGAACCCUGGCCUUGGUUUCAGCAUCUCAGGGGGGAUCAGUGGGCAGGGGAACCCCUUCAAGCCCUCGGACAUGGGUAUCUUUGUUACUAGGGUACAGCCUGAUGGACCCGCCACCAGUGCUCUUCAACCAGGGGACAAAAUUCUGAAGGCCAAUGGACAUAGUUUUUUACACAUCGAACACGAAACGGCCGUGUCUCUUCUGAAGAGUUUCCCGAAAGCUGUGGACUUGAUCAUUUUAAGGGAGAGCACAAUGUAAAUAUUUUUAUAUCGAUACACUGACUUCUUGCUCAGAUAAAAAAAAAAAACUGCAAAAAAAAACCUACAAAAAAAAAUGGAAAACAGGAACUUGUACAUCACGUUUUUAUCUAGGAACAGUUUUGCCAAUUGCUGGACCAAUGGCGAAAUACUAGUGCCAAAUGUACAAUAGAGAAGCUAUCUAAUAAUGUUACAUAUGGCUUAUACGUAUAUAUAUAUACAUAUGUGCUGAAAUCUUACACUGGUGUGUUUGGAAUUCCUUUCUAUCUCUCAGCCUGUGGCUGUAGGUGGGUGCGUUUUUCUGCUUAUUUAUAUCGCCUAUUAUUUUGUACCUAUUUUUCCAAGCAGCUUUUCAUUUGGAUCUUGGAGCAUGAAAGCACAUCCGCUUUUAAGGACAUUUCUUCAUCAUGACACUGCCUCAACUCUGUAAAUGCCUUGUGUAAAUAUAUACAUUUACUAGUAAAAAUGUAAUGUGAUCAGAGAGGAGAAUGUGAAUGAACGACAGUUUUCUGAUAUUAUUCCAUUUUUUUGGUUGGGUAACAUUUUUAGGAACAUUUCUUAUUUUCCCCCUAAAUAACCCUUUCCCCGUUCACUCACUUCAUUUCAGUGAAUUCUUGAAGCGUUUUAUUAUUAUGCAGCCCUCUGCUACCGCAUUGGGUGUGGUGUUGGGCUGUGUGGCUCUCAUAGGAGUUUUGCACAAAUCAAACGUCAGAACAAAAAAAGAAAAAGAAAGAAUCCAAAAGCAGUAUUGUUCCUGCUGUGACUCUUCCGCAGUGCCCUCUGUCGGCCAGCGAAGAGAUGAACAAUACUGAGAUUUUUACACAGGGUAUCUAUAUAUAAAAAAAACUCUCCAUUCUCCUGCCAUGUUAAGAACAUGAGCACUUUCACAUUUCUUUCUACUUAUUAAUAUUAUUAUAAAUAUUAACACUGUUUUAACUGGACAUGUAAUAGAAAUCCACCAGGGGGGUGAAAGUCAUUCAUUUAAAGUGUACUCAGUGUGUGUUCUCCGUUUCUUAGGUUCUAAACAAAGACAUUUACAUUCAGACCAUUUCUUUCAAGGCUUUGUUGAUGUUCUCCUGCUUUAAGGUUUUUUGAGUCACUAUGAACAAAGGAAUUCAUAUCAUUACACAAUAGAUAUCCACAAGGAUCUUUAAUGUUUAGAGCAUGCUUUCACUUUUUAAACUUGUCUUAUUAAGAAAGUUAUUAGGGGACAUUGUGUUUUUACUAAAGUGUUUUUUACUUUAGUUGCUUUACGUCACUUGAAGUAUUUCUUUCUUUUUCUGAACUGUUCAAAUCAAAGCAGACAUCACCUGCAAAACAGAUCAUUGUGAAAACUGGUACCACAGUGUACCACAAAGAGAUAUAUACGAACAGCCUGUGUGCCCUGGGCAUGUCCAAAAUAAUGUAUACAAAUGUAGCAUUAGGUGGGACAGUUUUGAGCAAAACUAAGCCUGAGAGCCCCCUCCAAAAAAAUCCCCCCAACCAUAUUUUACUUCAAAAAAAAAAAAAGAAAUUUAGUUAUAUAACGAGCUAAAGUUUGGAUGACAGUUAAUUGAUAUAAUACUAUUGUGACAGAGCAUUUGAUAAUAUUAUUUUUACUAAAUGUUUUCAGUAAUUAUUUCUAAUAUAUUGAUAUACUUAGCUUUGCUCAAAUUGUGAGAUUUUAUAAAGAUACUAAACUGUAUGGAAGAGUAUUUAGAAACACGAGAGAACACUCUAGAAGCAAACUUAAAAAUUAUUUCUACAGUAAUUGUGAAUUUGUGUCAAACAUAUAUGUAUAUGGAUAUACAGAUGGUCAUUUUUGUAUGUGUUUAAAAACUUAUUGAAUAUAAAAUCCAAUAUAUGGUACUAUUCAGUCUAAUUGCAGUAUUGAUGUACAUAAUUGUGAAUGAAAACAUUUAAAUAAUUUAUUCCUAUAGAUUGUGAAUGUACUCAAAGCUUUCUGCAGUAUGAAGACUUGAAUGCUGUUUCUUUUUUUGUGCAAAAAGUAAUUAUAAAUAUAAAUAAAUAAAUAUAUAUAAAUAUAUAUAUAUAUAUAUAUAUAUAUAUAUAGGAUAUAUUUAUAUAUCCUACGAUUCCGUUUAGUUAAACAGAUUAAGUGACAAUUUAUCAUACAGUUUAUUUGCACACGCAAGUUUACUCCUUCCUAUUUUUUUCUGAAUUAUCACAAUGUAAUUGAUGAUAUAUAUAUAUAUAUAUAUAUAUUCUGUGUCUAGAAUGCAUUUUGCAGAUGCUAUCUGUACAUAUUUAAGAUAAAUUUUAAUAAUAAAAAACAAAAACUAAAAAAAUUUCAAAGCUGUGCAGCAAAUAACGAAGCCAUUUUCGGCUUUGAGAAUACAGAUUUUUUUCAGUAUCUAAGAGGUGUUUUGAAUAAUGUAUGAAAGUCUUUAUUGUACAAAUAAAAAGUUCACUAUUGUUA